AUGACCAUCCAACAGAGCAAGAUAAUCACCAUCUUCGGCGGGACAGGGAACCAGGGUGGUAGUGUCGCAAGAUCCCUGCUGGCUCACAAGGACGACCGCUUCCAUGUCAGGGUCAUCACCAGAGACCCGUCGUCCGACAGAGCAAAGGCCAUCGCCGCUGAUGGCGCGUCGCUCGUCCAGGCGGAUGGCUUCAAUCGUGAGCAGAUGGUCGCCGCCCUCGCGGGUAGCUGGGGUGUGUUCAUCAACACGAACUCAGAUGACGAAGCCCUCAAAUCGCUGGACGGACCCAGCGACUAUGACCUCGGUGCCGCGGUGAUUGACGCAGCAGAGGAAGCCGGAGUUCCGCACGUCGUGUACAGCUCCGGCCCUUCAAUCACCAAUGCCACCAAGGGCAGGAUCCAUCUAGAGGGAUUUGAAACCAAAUACCACGUGGAGCAAUACGCCCGAGCAAAGAGCUUCAAGACCUUCACUCCCGUCCUCUGUGCAUCCUUCAUGGAAUGCUUCUUCUACGAACCCUUCUCCGACGCGUUCGGAGGGUUUCCAUGGACUCCCAACCCGAAGACGGGAGACAUCGUCUUCAGCACGCCCCCAUACGGCGGCAGAGGCGAUAUGCCCUGGGUCAGCGUGGAGGAUGAUGUCGGCGACAUCAUCCACGGCAUCUUCCUGAACCCCAGCGAAUAUGAUAGGGUUCUCGUGCAGGUGACCAGCCAGCAAAUUACCAUGCCUGGUAUUGCAGCUUCAUACGCGAAAGCCACGGGAAUUCCAGCCCGGUACGAGGAGAUGCCGUCGUGGACGAGUAUUCAGCCCAAUGGGACCAGAUGUCGGGACGAGACCCGGCUCAUCUUCUGGAUGAUGAACGCGUGCGGUGGGCGCUGGUUUGCCGAACAUGAGAGUGAUAACACUGCUUCGAUCAAAUUGAAGAAUGCGGCGCUGGAGGCGAGGGGUCAGCAGGGCGGACUAAUCACAUUUGAAGAGUGGUUUAAGAAGGCGCAUGCAUUGAGAACUGAGUCUGCAUAG